AUGUGUGUAACAUGCAGUGUAGUUGAAAAGCGGAAUUAUUUCUCUUCCACCUGCCGGAGAUUUGGAUAAUUGACUGUCCGAAACUAACCCAGUGUUAAAAAAAAAAAAAAGAAUAACUGGAAAAUGUAUUUUCAACAGAAAACAAGCAAAUAUAACAUUAACAUUAAUAAUAAUUUUAAAAGAAUCAUACACUGAUGCAAAUGCAAAAUGCAAUUGUUAUAUGAAACAUUUUUCUACCUAUCUAAUCUAAUUGACACAAUGAAAUAUAAACAAAUAAAUGUGCAUUGGAAUUUCCUAUAUUGAUAUUCUUCUUUGAUUAUAUUAAGAUCUUUUAGUAUGUCGGAUCCAAAAUCCAGUAAUAGUACUGUACACAUUGCUUGUGUUUUAUUCCCUAUAAUAUAUAUACAAUAACAUUAUAAUAUUUUAUAAUCAAAGAUUUUGGGUUAAAGGAACAUUGCAGUCAACAUUUGUUAUGGCUGCUCAUAAUAAAUUGUCAUAUAGCCAGAUGUUCACUUACAAAGUGAUUUCAAUUAAGCGCAGUCACUUUGUUAAUAAAGCAUAAAAUUAGAUUAAUUACACUGUAAAACAUUUUUACAUCUAUCUGAAGGUACUGUAAACCUGCAAAUGUAGUUUUUUGUUUUACAGCGUGCUCAUCUCUGUAUUCAUUGAGUAAUACUGCCAUCUGCAGUCAAACUACAGGAAGCUUUCUUCUUUUUUACUUUUUGCGUCUUAUAUUUUUAUUCAUAGCCCUUUUUUGUAACUGACCGUUGUCUUGUAUAUAAACAUAUAUGUAUAUAAAUAUAAAUUCUGCUAGAGUAUUCUUUACUGCUUUAGUGCAGCUGUGAUAACAUUACAGAAACUGAAAUGUAAUAGUCGAUUUCUAUGAAAAGGGUACAAAUAUUGUUUUAUAUAGUCUAAGCUAACAUUAGCUUGAUUAUUUCUUUGUCUUACAUAGCUUUUGAAUAUGCAUUUGAUGUUUUAAAAUAGCUAUACGCUACAUUCUAGGUUAAUUUUAUGUUACAUAGUGUAUUAUCGAACAUAUGGGUUUCACAACAAAACAUGGGAUUCGUUUCUUAAUCCAUAGGGUACUGUAUUCAUGGUAUGAACCAGUAAAACUUUAUGCACGAGGUCAGACAGUUCACUUCUAGAAAACACUACAAACGUCAGGAGCGAUGAGAUCACGCGACCAGAAGCCCCUCUUGCAUCACUUCCGUGUUUACAACCUGACGAAACAUGGGUGAAAUGAAAGUAAAAUCUGACGUGUCUUACUAAUGAUAGCAAAUAUUAGGAAUCGGGAAUCGCUCCUUUUACUCGCAACACACCUUCUAAGGCACUUCAAGCCUUCCAAGCAGAAGCUGUCAUUUCGAUAUUAUGAUGCGUAACAGACAUAGGGGAUCCAAUCUUGGCCUGCUCCUGCUGGCCUCUCAGGUUUUCCAGCUGGGAAUCGACAACAUCCCACCUGUCACUCUUGCAACGCUGGGCCUCAACGUCUAUUUGUUUCUGUUUCCUGUCAAACCCCUCCUGCAGACGUGUUUGAGUGUUCGAGAGGCAUACUGGUACAGCGACUGGAAUCGUCUGCUGCUGUCACCGUUUCACCAUGCUGACGACAUGCACUUGUACUUCAACAUGGCCUCGCUCCUUUGGAAAGGCAUCAGGCUGGAGAGGACACUGGGAGGCCCCUGGUUUGCGUACCUGCUCUCCGUCUUCUCUAUGCUCACCGGAUUGGUGUACCUGCUCCUGGAGACAGGGCUGACACACAUGACAGAAGACUCGUCAUAUAGUUUACAGUGUGCAGUGGGCUUCUCAGGUGUUCUGUUUGGGCUGAAGGUGGUAAAUAAUCAUUAUCAUCCAGGAGGGGCCACAUACAUCAUGGGGCUGCCCAUAGCCAAUCGCUACGCCUGCUGGGUAGAGUUGGUCCUCAUCCAUAUCAUGAACCCUGGGACGUCAUUUGUCGGACACCUGGCUGGGAUCCUGGUCGGUCUGCUCUACACGACCGGACCACUAAAGUUCCUCAUGAAAACCUGUGCAGGCUUUGUGACAUCUAAUGGGCAUUAUGGAGGCCAGCAAACAUACUACAAUUCAUCAGGAUACAGUGGAUAUGGCAUGCCGAAUCCUCCAAACCCCCGUUAUGGACAGCAGUCAUUUAAUCCCAGGCAAUAUGGCGCCCCCUACAGGGAGCCGUAUGACACACGCAUGCCCUCUGCACCGCCCCAGCAUCCUUAUACAGCAGGAAUGUCAGAAGAGGAGCAGUAUGAGGCUGCUCUUAGAGCCAGCCUGAAUGACAGAGGUGGUCAUCCGCAGGCUAGAUCAUCACAUGCCACUUAUACUCACUCUAACCCAACGCCUGAAGAGAUGCGCUAUCGACGACUUCAGAGAUUUAACAGCUGAACAGUUGGAGAACAUGACACAUGGUGAUAAUACUACUAGAUUGUUUACAUUAAAGACAGCACUUAACAACCAAUCAGAGCUAGCGGAGAAAAUUCCUCCACUGCUGAUUGGUUGUGUCAUUGAAUAGUUUUAUGAUAUCAUCAGUGGGAGGUUUCCGAAGCUGCUGCCUGUAUUUCUAAUUGCAAUAUGUUUGUAUAUACAUUUGCGUUUGCGCUAAAUGCUGAUCUUUGUGUAAUAAUGUUGAAAGUUGAACAUGAAGUGAACAUCCAUGACAUGUGGUUGUGGAUGAGAGUGCCUUUCUGCAGUGUGUUGAAUGUACAGAAAGAUGACUUUAUGUGUGCCAAUAAGCCAAUUACUAAAAGUAUGUAAAAACUCUUAAGCUUAUAGCACUUUGUUAUUUCCAAACAACAUUUCUUCCUGAGUAACUUAUACUUUGUUUCUUAAGAAAGUAUAUUUUUGUAAAUAAACAUUAAACCAUU